CGGGAUCGGACGGUGCCCGUCCACCGAUGCGAUCCAUGGAAUCGGGGAAUCUGAAAGAUAAUCUGAGCGACGCGUGUCGGUACGUGGCGUCGCAAUCUGGGCAGUCACCGGCUGUUUCGGUCAAAGGCCGCCCAUAAAUAUCGAGCUGAUGCCUACCCAUCAAUACCUGCCUUUUGAACUGAUGGGUUCCACGUAGGCAGCUUCUACCUCUCCAAUCACACGCAGGUAGAAAUGCGGUGCGUGUCGCUGGGGUAGCUGUAAAAAUGCUUCGAGCUUUAUACUCGGAACCGGGAGCCUUCGGACUCUCUCUCUCUCUCUCUAAAGAUAUUUACAUGUGACUGUUAGAAUCUCCGGCACCCUCCCUCCCUCCUCCGGUCAUCUCCUUCGUUCCGGCUCUGCAUAUUCCACAGUGUUUGACAGUGCUUGAAGCGAAGACCACAUUGGAAUGGGGACUAUUGCCACUGAAAGCAGAGGAGGAGGAGGAGGAGGAGGAGCGAAACAGAGGAGGGCGGGCUGCUGCUGCACCAAAGAUGAGUUCCUCCCCGAUGAAUCAUUCCAGAGCUGGGCCAACUACAUGAAGGCUCUGAGAGAGACCGGAAUGCGGCUCAAGAAUCGGAUCGCCGCCCGGUCCAUGGACGACACAGAGAUCAACGAGGUUCGAGCUAGGAGCGGACACGAGAUGAAGCGGAACCUCUCCUGGUGGGAUCUCAUCUGGUUCGGCAUCGGUGCUGUCAUCGGCGCCGGCAUCUUCGUCCUCACCGGCCAGGAGGCCCGCAACGCCGCGGGCCCUGCGGUGAUCCUCUCCUUCGUCGUCUCCGGCGUCUCCUCCAUGCUGUCUGUCUUCUGCUACACCGAGUUCGCGGUGGAGAUCCCUGUCGCAGGUGGCUCCUUCGCCUACCUACGCGUCGAGCUGGGCGACUUCGUGGCCUUCAUCGCUGCCGGCAACAUCCUCCUCGAGUACGUGGUCAGCUGCGCCGCGGUCGCCCGCUCCUGGACGUCCUACUUCGCCACCCUCCUCAACCACCAACCCGACGACUUCCGCAUCCACAUCGCCUCGCUCUCCCCCGACUACAGCCGCCUCGACCCCAUCGCCGUCGCCGUUAUCGUCGCCAUCUGCCUCGCCGCUGUCUUCUCUACCAAGGCCACCUCUCGGUUCAACUACGUGUCCUCCAUCAUCCACCUGGCCAUCAUCGUCUUCAUCAUCGCCGCCGGCCUCUCCAGGGCCGACCCCAAGAACCUCUCCGACUUCAUGCCCUUCGGCGCUCGUGGGCUCUUCUCGGCCUCCGCCGUGCUCUUCUUCGCCUACGUCGGCUUCGACGCGGUGUCCACCAUGGCGGAAGAGACCAAGAACCCCGCCAAGGACAUCCCGCUCGGCCUCGUCGGUGCGAUGUGCAUCACCACCCUCUGCUACUGCCUCCUGGCGUUCACCCUUUGCCUCAUGCAGCCGUACUCGCAGAUCGACCCCAACGCGCCCUUCUCGGUGGCGUUCGAGGCCGUCGGUAUGGACUGGGCCAAGUACAUCGUCGCCUUCGGCGCACUCAAAGGCAUGACGACCGUCCUGCUGGUGUCGGCCGUCGGCCAAGCUCGGUACCUCACCCACAUCGCUCGCACGCACAUGGUGCCGCCAUGGUUCGCUCAAGUCCACGCCACCACCGGCACCCCCAUCAACGCCACCGUCGCCAUGCUCGUAGCCACAGCCACCAUCGCCCUCUUUACCGAGCUCAGCAUCCUCUCCAAUCUCCUCUCCAUCUCGACGCUCUUCAUCUUCAUGCUGGUGGCGGUGGCUCUCCUCGUCCGGCGAUACUACGUCAACGGCGAAACCUCCGCGACCGAGCGGAACAAACUGAUAGUUUGCAUCGUGCUCAUCCUGGGCUCCUCGGUGGGGGCUGCCGGGUACUGGGCGGCGGGUGUCGACGGGUGGGUGGGGUACGUGGUGGCGAUACCCGUAUGGUUCCUCUCGACGGGGUUCCUGUGGCUGGGGGUGCCACAGGCGAAGAAGCCGAAGAUGUGGGGGGUGCCGAUGGUGCCGUGGUUACCGUCGGCGUCCAUCGCCAUCAAUAUCUUCCUGCUAGGCUCGAUCGACGGGCUGUCGUAUAUGAGGUUUGGCAUCUGGACGGCGCUGUUGCUCGUCUACUAUUUCUUUUUGGGGCUGCAUGCAUCAUAUGACACCGCCAAGGCUGCCGCUGCCGCUGCCGCUGCCGCCGCCGCCGCCGCUGCCACCGCGGAAGGUGCAAACCGUAGGUAGAAGUCGUCUCAGUGUUACUACCUACUUGUCUUACAAGGUUUAAUUGUAUGUGUAUUUAUUUUUGGAGAUUUCUAUUGCCCUUUCUUUG